AAAACGAAAGUGCCGUUUUAACAGUGUCAGUAUUGAUCAGUACAUAGUCGGAUCUGGAACAACUGAUAAGUAUUAGACCUUCCUGGCCAGAUCAAAAACGUAAAGGUGUUGAUAUUACCAAUACUGAGCAUAGGAAUGUAUUUCUAAAAAGGAUACUUGAGCAAUGUGGUCGGGAAGUUACAAACGGCCUACGGAUGAUAUGGCUUACAAAGCAAGGGCCAAACGACAAAAAACUGGCAGUGAGAGAGAUGAAAGGAAGCGGUUCAUUGACGGCAUGUAUGACAGACUAUCUCUUGAUGCGGACGAUAAAAAGAAGUCAAGGGCUUAUGUUGAUAAAAUACUUGGAGAAAUCAUUAGCCACGUCAGAAAGCAGGAGGAUGGCAAUGUAUAUGGACAUCAAAUCAUAAAGGCAGGAAGUUACCCCAUCAAUGCGAAAAUUGGUGAAGCAGACGAAUUUGACACCAAUAUACUUCUAAACAUAAAACCAAAACGUGUUUACUGCAGAGGGCAGGCCAUUUUUUAUAUGUUCAUGGAAGUCGGUAAUCAGAGUGCACAUGCGUCUAGCAUGUCCACUGACCUUAAGCUCGUCAAGACAGAUGAUGGUGAAGGUAUACCAGAUGGAUACGCUGUUGUUAGAGUUCACAAGAGUGAGAUACCGACAAAAUUUGUACAUUAUGCAGAGACAUCCUCCAGAUUUCUCCAAACGGAAUCAGCAACAAGUCCAAACUUCCUAUCAUUCCCAACAACAUUUUCCAACGUCCUAUAUGGAGGUGCGCACUACCAGCCAAACUAUUUCAAUCCAUGUUCACCGGCAUCCUUCCUGUCUUCAGGGGAACCGUCUUACUUCUUACCCAGAGAACUAACAGAUACAGUGGUAAUUAACACUCAUUCUGACUGUAUUCACAUAAUUCCACGAGAUGUGAAACAGGACCUGCAUCAAAGAAUAAAGAAGGCCAGGAAUGAAUUGGGUUUGAAAGAGGUCAACAUCAAAAACACGGCACAAGGUCCAGCGUUAACGCUUACGAUAUCUCCAAACAGAGCAUUGGGUAUCAGUCACGAAAUAAGUGUAGAUGUCACAGUUUCCUUGAAAUGUUCAGCCAAGCUUGACUUUGAAGAUUUUGGAUGGCCAAGAGCAAAAACGAGAGAAGCAUUUGAUGAAGACGUCAUUGAUGCUGCAAUAGAAGCCGGAAUUCAUCUGGUUCCCAAAAAGGAUCAAUUUUGGUCUAUAUCAUACUCACGUGCUGAAAGGGCACUCUUAUCAAGUAUUGACAGAGAGUUUGGAUGUAGAAAGCGUGUGCUUAAGUUACUGAAGAAGUAUGUUGAGAAAUGCAAAUUUUGUUCAACAAGCAAACUGCCUGGAAUUAGUUCACACAUUCUGAAGACGCAGGUGCUUUGGUCAUGUGAGAUGCAUGCAGACGACGCAAACGACUACUGGAAUUAUGAAAACAGGGACAUAUGCCUUAUGAAUACAAUGAUGGAACUGGAAAAUUCUUUAAGACGAAGAGAAAUUCCAGAAUAUUUCAACGAGUCUCUCAAUGUACUUCGCGGAAAGGAUCCUAGUGUACUUGAUGAACUUGCAAACUAUUUAAACAAUGAAUUGAGGGAGAUAAAACAUUCAAAUGAAUUGAGAACAUUUUAAAUUGUCAACAAAUUAACAGUUGAUUUAAGGACAGUUAGAUACAUAGUUACUCACUGCCUUACAUCUUAAUUAUUUUCAGUUUUCAUCAAGACAGCUCUUCGAUCAGUUUAAUAUAACUAUGUUUUGUGUUGUUGAAAACCUCAUUUCGAGGGCUCAGAGUGAAACUAGUCUAAAUAUAUAUAGAAAUAGAAGCAGAUAGACUAGUUUCGCUCUGAGCCCUCGAUUUACUGUGGACAUAUCAAGAUACUUUUAGUUUAUGAAUCCUACGGACAAUGUGGAUGCCAGUCAAAGUGAACUAAUUAUCCCUUUAGGUGUGCAAUGUCUAACAAUGUGUUAAGUAAAUGGCUCCAUUUAAGGUCGGCUGUUGUAAAUGUCUUAUGUCCGAUGUCCGUCCAAUGCUUGCCAGUAAGUUUUAGAUUAAAAUGACCCGUCACCUAAAUUGAUAUGAAUGACAUUUGUUCAUAAACAAAAUGUGAUACUUUCACAAGUCCAAGUGUAAAACUGUGUACCUACCCUGACCGUACUUAUAAAGUACAUCGGAUGGUUUAUUGAAGUUAACAUUAUGAUCAGAAACGACUACGGAUUUUUGGAACACUACAUGUACAUUUUUGACCAUAGACAGAAGACUGAAUAUGUCAUUAUAUUUUCCGCAGUACUAUAUUCGAAUCACUGAUUCAUUGUCAUUCCUAACAACACAUACACAAUGAAUGUAUUACUAAUGUAUUACUAGGCACUGGCGGCCUAGAGAAUACAUCAAACCGCUCCGCGCCUGUAACAAAUACAGACAUAUUAUUUCUAUCGGGUUGUAGGUAACUUGAGAUUUACACUCAAUUUGAAGUCUUCCAAUGGCAUACAGGCGUAGCAAGUCCCAUGUUUUACUGGGAUUUACACUCACUGAGGGAUAUAAUUCAUUGCUACAUUUCAGUGUAAGUAAACAAAAGCUAUUAAAUAGCUCUAAAGCAACUAUCUGGGCUAUUCUUUGGUCUUAUUCUGAAGCAAAAAAAAAAAAUGUGGUUUGAUAUAAUGUCAGACUAAUAAAAUCGUAUAUCAUACCUAAUCCAAUUUGCUGCCUUAUUGGCGAAAUUGUCUCCCUUGAAAACAGCUUAUCGAGUGUAUCGGUCAUUUUACGCCUAUUGAAAUAUAGAAGGAUCUUUAACACAUCAAAUGACAUCAAAAGCAUUCUCUGACAAUAUUUAUUAAGUCGGUCUCAUUUCUGGACAUGUCAAAAACCUAUAAACAUUGUGUAUGUGUUGUUAGGAAUGACAAUGAAUCAGUGAUUCGAAUAUAGUACUGCGGAAAAUAUAAUGACAUAUUCAGUCUUCUGUCUAUGGUCAAAAAUGUACAUGUAGUGUUCCAAAAAUUUUGUAAAUAGAUUAAAUUUUAAAAGAAAUCUGUUGAAGUUUUCAUUUUUUUAAUGUAGAGAUCAUUUCUUUCAUUGCUGCCUGGCAAACAUUCAUCAUCAGAUUUCAUCAUCAUCUUUAUUAUCAUCGGUCAUGCUGUCACUGUCAGUGGCACUGAAGUCUUCCAAUGGCAUACAGGCGUAGCAAGUUUUCUGAAAAUAGAUCCAUGUUU